AAGUUUAAGUUAUUCCGCAUUUCAUGGACAUCAUGAAUGAAAUGCGGAAUAACUUAAACUUCAAUUUGGCAUGAAUUAUAACCUGCUUUAUUUCUCAAUAUUUGUUUGACACAUUUCCAACCAUCUUAACACAGACAUACAAUGUGCACUGAAGUGCUGUUGAAGUCAUUGUUCCAUGGUGAAAUUUAGUAUCUGCCUCACCAGACAGAUUAAAAAUGCAGCGGAGUCUGUUUCUGCUUGUUCUGUUGGGUCAGAGUUUCUUCUUCACAUGCUAUCUGUAUGAGUACAGAUUUAUCACUGAAAACAAGACCUGGCAUGAAGCACAGAAAUACUGCAGAGAGAAUUAUACAGACCUGGCCAAAGUGUUUAAUAUGACAGACAUGGAGAGCCUCUAUAACCUCACAAAGAAUCAAAGAGAAGCCUGGAUUGGACUGUACAACAACACAGAUGGAAAAAUGUCAUGGCACUGGUCGCUGCCAGGAGUGGAAUACAUUGAAAAUAAUAGCAACUGGAAUCUGUCUGAAAUACACAGUAAUGAAGGCCAGGGGAACUGUGGGAGAGACAGGGACAAGUGGGGAAAUGCUUCAUGUGCCCAUGGGAUGUGGUUCAUUUGUUAUGAUGAAAAAAAGAAAGGUAAUAAAACCUUAUAUUUGAUUAAGGAUAAGGCAAACUGGACUCGGGCUCAGAACUACUGCAGAUAUAAUCACACUGACUUGGCCAGUGGAACUGAUCAGGUAGAUGGCAAUGAAAUGAAGGACCUGAAAAUAUCCCACGGUGAACGGAUGAGUGUGUGGAUCGGUCUGUUCAGAGACAGCUGGAGGUGGUCAGAUGGGAGUGAUUUCUCUUUCAGAUACUGGGAUAUGCAGUUAUUCAAUGAUACACAAAGCAACAAGACAUGUGCUAUGACUCUGUUAAACAGAUCAGGAAAAUGGAGCUCUGAUGAAUGUGGCAAAGAAAAACCCUUCUUCUGUUAUGAUGAUAAAGUGAUCCUGGUCAAAGAAAACAAGACCUGGGAGGAGGCCUUGUACUAUUGCAGAGACAAAUAUCUUGACCUUCUUUCCAUCACCAACCUUGAAGACCAGCAGUGGGUCCAGGAAAAGGCCAAGAAUGCUUCAACUCCUUUUGUCUGGCUGGGGCUGCGCUACACCUGCACUCUGGGUUUCUGGUUCUGGGUCACUGAUGAGGUGGUUGAAUAUAAAAACUGGGACUCUGAUGGAACGACCGAUGGCUGUGACAUGUCUGCAGCCAUGGAGAGUCGAGGAAAACAUAAAUGGUUCAGUAAACUUGAUAAUAAUCUGUUUAACUUCUUCUGUUAUAAAAAUUAAAAGCACUCUGCUCAGUGGUA